AUGAUAUAUUUAAAAACGUUACUAAACGUAAUAGACAACUCAGGAGCUCAAGUAGUAGAAUGCAUAAAAGUAUUACGUCACAACCCCAAAUCAUGCGCUCAUAUAGGUGAUCAAAUAACAUGUGUUGUAAAACAAGCAAGACCAACAACCACUGAAGGAGCAGCAGCAUCAAAUCGUGUGAAAAGAAGAGAUAUAUGUCGUGCUGUUGUUGUAAGGCAGAGGGCUCCCUUUAAAAGACCAGAUGGAUCAGUUAUUAGAUUUGAUGAUAAUGCUUGUGUUUUAAUAAAUAAAAAUGGUGAACCUUUGGGGACAAGGAUUAGUUCUGUUGUUGCUAAAGAAUUAAAAGAUUUGAAUUAUAGUAAGAUUGUUUCCUUAGCUCCAAAGACUUUUUAG